AUGGCUUCUACACCAACGCCUACCCCUGCGACCGCACCCGCGCCAGCGGCACAAAGGUCAAGCAAUACUGAGAACAUCAUUACUGCACUCGGAAAUGCAUACAAGACACAGACUGGCGAGCCUCUUCAGAGCAAUCAAAUCGCUCAGCUCCUCAUUCAAAACAUGAGUCAGUUGAGCGAAUUGGCGAAGCAGGGGAAGUUGAACCAAGCUCAAAUUCUCCAGUUAAAAGAGUAUGCGGACAAGCACAAGGCGGGCGCGACGGCAUCCACUAGUGUCCCAACGCCAACGCCAACACCGACGCCUGCUCCGCCUGCUGCAGUUUCGGCUCCAACGCCUACUAAUCCGGCAUUUCGAACAUCAAGUACACCCUUGCUAAGCGAGCCACCCAGCUCCGAGUCAACGUAUCCUAUCAGCCAAUCCGUAAAUCCUACGAAUCCAGGCCCCGUUCAAUGGCAGACGGCGCAGCAGGCGCGACCAACACUCAGCGGUGGGAUUGUGGGUGGGAGGAUAUCAGGCACACCGGCUCAACUUUCAAAACCAUCGGAUGAUGCUAGUCUCUUAACCGAUGAUAGCAGGACGCGAAGAAAGAAUACUCCAGGCGAUCAGAGUAUGCGUCGGACAAUACAGGAUCUAGUUUCGAGCAUAGACCCAAACGUUCGGAUCGAACCAGAGGUCGAGGAUCUCUUACUCGACGUCGCGGACGAAUUCAUCGACUCGGUGACGAAUUUCGCAUGUCGUCUGGCAAAACAUCGAGGUGGAGACACCCUCGAAGUGAAGGAUCUCCAACUACAUCUUGAACGAAAUCAUAAUAUUCGGAUACCUGGUUUUGCUUCAGAUGAGACGAGAAUAUCUCUGUUACAAACGGUGACCGCGCCACCUACAGUCCCUGCACCUGCUGGUAAGAAGGGUGUUCAAGGCACGCAGUCGCAGCGCAGUCAUCGACUUGCACAGGUGCAAAUGGCCAAGAAGGAAGCAAAGUUGAUCUAA